CAUGGUUUGAAUAGCAUGGUUCUACAGACGAAGGAAAAAGGACCAUUAUAGAGUAAUUGAUCUGCGGAGCGAGCCUAUCAACACGAAGAACAACGAGUCUUUAUAAAGAAGACGUUUUAUUGUUCUUCAUUAUUGAGCUUCUCCUUGCUUGGCGUCAGCUUCUCGACUAAACAUCAGGGAUAUUAUUAUUACUUUUGAUCAUGGCCGACAACAUUGCUUUGAAUCAGACUUAUAAACUUCUAGGUCACAAUACCUCGAUAGUUAACCAAACACUUGCCGCGAACACCAAGGAGAAGCACCCGUCUUUGUUUCAAGAGCCUCACGGAGUUAGGGUCAUUCGACUGGUCUUCCAAACUCUUAUGUUCCUUGUCGGCGUUCUUGGGAAUUUAUUGGUUUGUUUUGUGACUUCUCGUAAACGCGGACAAACGUCAACUGGAAAUCUCUUUAUCCUUUAUCUCGCCAUCGCCGACCUUGGGAUUCUUCUUGUAGACUUUCCUUUUGUUGUUGUGCGAUCGGAGUUCCCUUAUUCCUGGCCAUUUGGGAGGUUCAUGUGCCGGACAAUCUAUCCAUUUUUGGAUAUUUUUUACGGUGUCCAGAUCGGGUGCAUUACAGCUAUUGCCUUCCAUCGAUACAAGAUGCUCGUCCAUUGUACUAAGCCCCAGAUAACGCUGGAUCAAGCCAAGAAGAUAGUUUUCAUUAUUUGGUUUGUCUCGUUUAUCUUUAUCGUUGCUCCUUUAUUGUUUGUUAUGGACCUGGAUGUGAAACCUUGGAGGCGAGACUGUCGCCCACAUUGGCCAAACAUGCUCUCACUGCAGUUAUUUAGCGUCAUAUCGGCGCUAAUGUUUUACGUUAUACCUCUCACGGUCAUCCUAAUAACUUAUGUCAAAAUACGUACUUUAUUAAGGAACAAUACGAAAAGACAAGAAAGUUACCAAGGUUCCAGUUUUAGAGAAGGCAGUGCUUUUCGAAAGCAGUUCAAAGCAAGAGCAUCCCAGAACCGCCGUGCUGUGCAAAUCCUAACUCCAGUGGUUGUCAUAUUUGCCUUGACGAUGCUCCCAUUUACGAUCUUUCGCUUCGUGGCUGCCUACGACCCAAACAUCCUACAAACAUUCAAAUACGUGAGGCUGGUUUUCAAUAUAUGUAUUGUGUUGUUGAUGGUAAAUAGUUCAGUCAACCCCAUCAUUUAUAGCGUGAUCAACUCGGAAUUCAGAAGAGACUUUUCAAACCAUUUGAGGUGCAACGCUGAUAGCUGCUGCUCUGAUACUGGGGAAAACCUAACAACCGUGCAUAGAACAUCCUAUCCAAACCACCACAACAUUAACCGGCGCGACUCAGCUCCGUUACUGGGGCAACACGAGUUUUUAUGGCAGAAUGGAAAUCUCAAGAAAAACCGACAUAGGGGUUCUUUGAGAAGCUUGGACUCUGCCUUAAAAGAUAUGGAGUCGUCUAGUCAUAGUAACAACCAGAUACUAUUGGACAAGAAGAAAGAAGAUCUUGAGCCUAUGAAAGGUGUUUUGUUGAUUAAAGUCAAUCCAACAUAUGAAACAGGAGGUUUCUGAUGGAUAUCCAGUCAAAUAACUCAUCGUAAAUAAGGCAAUGCACGAUUUAAGGCAAUGAGCUACUGGCUGCAAAAAUCAAGUAAAAGUCAAAUGCAGGUGAUUUGGAAUCUAGGCUCGAAAUGCAAUGCAUUUCACAGCGAAAAUCUCCAAGUAUUUUAUAUUAUCCGUUGUCAAAAUGAAU